GUUCCUUGUGCCAGAGAGGGGAAGCAAGGUCUUUAUUCAAGAAAAGUUGCGCGAGUAAUAUUAAAGCUACGAUGUUUUAGGUUAUUUAAGUGGGGAUAAGUGAUAACGUAUUCUCUGAAAACUCAAAUUGUCAUUGUGUGAUGAUAACAUUAAAAUACAAGUAAUUCUGUAUUUUUUCACUAAUUUAGAAGUUAAAAGAUAAAUUAUGAAAAUGUCUCCGGUAUCGUUUGAUCCUAACUCUGUGACAGAUGAAGAGUAUCUGGUAUUGAAAGCCAAAAGUGUUUUAUCACACGAUCCUUGUGCUGCCAAAGCAUGGAUGAUCACUGCUAAAACGCUUUUUCCUAGUAAUUUUGGUGUUCAGUUUGAAGCGUAUCAAAUAGAAAAGUCUGCUAGGAGUGUAAAAGAAGCUGCCAAAUGCUUUGGUGAUAUAUUCAAGAACUUUCAGGAAGAGAGAGAACUGUGGCAGGAAAUUCAAGCUCUAACUACUGCUUUGAGGUCUGAAAAUGGUGAUUCUAAUUAUUCCUUUCUUCGUGAAAUGUUCAGCCACAUUCCUCAAGAUGUGCAAAGAGAUCUGCUGUUAGUAUCAGCAGAUCGCAGUGAAGAUACAAUGGAACAUUGCCGUCUGCUCCUCCUCCUCCUUCGUCAGUUUCCUCGAAGUGUUGUGGAGCAUGGGCCUCCCUUGGUUGAUACCCUGAUGACUGCAGAGAAACAUAGCCACUAUCAGAACGCUGAUUUACCAGAUGUAGAAAGCAAAAUUGAUGAUCCGUGGAAAAAUCUAUUUGCUAUACAAGAAAUGACUGCAAAAAAAUUAGGAUGGGAAUUAAGCUCACUUUCAUCUGGCACUUGGAGCAAAGAUUCCUACUGGCAGAAAUUACUGCAGUUCCGUCAAACGAUUGUCCAAACAGAUGAUCCCACGUACAUGAAACACAUGAUACUUCUUUAUUAUACAACUACUUUUUUCUUGUUCUGUCUUCACGAGUAUGUUGUUUCACUAGAGACAGGUGUGGGAGAUAUGCCAUUAUUACUAGUGGAGGCAUUCUGCAGCAGACAAGAUCAAGAGGAUUCCAUUGGAGAGCCAAAAGCUAAACGACGGAAGCUUGAUGGAGAUGAAUCCUCAACGCCCCUCAUUACUGUUGCAAAACCACCUGUUGGACAGUCAGUGCCACCUGUUGUUCAUAAUUAUAUUAUGGCUGUACGAUGCUGGGAUCUCCUUCACAGCACUGAGUACUUGGAAAGAGAAUUUACAAAAUUAAGUCAACAUUUGCGAUUGAACAAUACAUGGUUACAAGGCUUUCUUAUCGACACAGCCAUAUAUAAAGGCAAAUUUCAAGAAGCAAUUGAAAAAAUACUUUUUCAAGAAACUACAGCAAGUACUGAUUGUCUCCAGAAGAAUUUAAGGCUAGCAAGUACUUACCAUUCCCUUGGGCAACACUCUGCUUGCAUGGAGCAUGUUUUGCAAAUAGUAAGUGCUCUGCCUGUUCCUGUAACUUCACUCCAGUUAAGUCUGAGUCUCCAACAACCAAGCAGGUCUGGACGUCAUCUGCAUUAUUUACCAAUGCAUCGGACACAGAUUCUACAGUAUUGUGUUAAACUUCUUGUAUCAGCACUCAAACAAUCUCUUUCAAAACCAAACGUCGAUGCAGAUCUUAUUAUGGGACACAUUUUCACAUUGUUGCAAUUUGAUUGGCCGUUAGAAGAAGAUUUAGCCAUUCAAUUACUGGAACGCAUUCAUCAGCAUGGCAGUUUUUCUUACAGUUUGUUUCAAACAUAUAUAAUAAAUGUGGACUUGUUGGAAGAAUUUAUGUACCUAUCUACUGAACAGGGUGGAUCAGUAGGUCUCGAUGUUGUGCCUACUACUCAAACCGUAAGCCAGCGACGUAUUUCUACAAGAGGUGUGGACAAAGGUGUGAAAGAAGAUUUCAAACAAGCCAUGAAAAGACAAGCUGCAAGGAGUGAAGAACCUUUAGAUUCCUUGAUAAUAAAGUUCCUUGGCAACGAACGAGAACUACUUUUGCAUUCAUUAUUGUAAUCUCCAAACAUUUCAUAUUUUUUUACAAAUUAAGCUGUUACAAUAAAAUUAUUAAUUUUAUUACAUCAUGUUCACUGAGUUUUUCAUGCCAGUUAUUGACAACAUACAAUAACAAAAACAGUCUUGUGCAGUGUAACUCACUUAACAUCAGUCACAUCUCUCUUCUCUAUGUGUCUCAGCUGUGUCUUUCUCAUCCUCUUGAUCUUCGCAGAGCUCUUGAUCACUUGAACUAUUUCAUUCUUCUUCUGAUUUUCCUCUGCUCUCUUAAGAUUUUCUUCUCUUCGCCGUUUCUUAUCUAAUUUUGCUUGAAGGCGAUCCUGCUCUAUCAAUCUUGACAAUUCUUUUACUCUUUUCAGUUCUUCUCUGAGUUUUUGUUUCCUUUCAAAUGAUAGCCUUAGCCCUGGUGAAUUAAUUACCGAACUUGCUCUCUUUUUUUGGGAUUUCCAUUUUCUGCCGGAAACUAUUCGACCCCUCAUUUGCACAAAAUUCGCGUCGUCUUCGCUCUCGCUGGAGUUAUCCUCAUUCUUACUCUUUUUCUUCUGUUUUUUUAUUUUUUUUCGGGGAGUUUUCGCAUUUUGUACGUUGGAUGGAUUGUCGUGUUUCUUUAGUAUGUCUUCCGCUCUCAGAACUUCGGCCAUACUAAACGGUAUAAAUCUUGAAAAUUAAAUUUCAAGAAAAAUCAGCUAUAACCUCUAAAACAAAGAUCACACGCACACGUGCUCUAACAUAUAUACUCUCUGCCUGGCUCCAACUUUCACAGAUCCGCGCGGUGUGGCGCAGUGGCCCCUAGGGCCUUAUAACCAGAGAGUAUAUUACUCCCAUAUAACGUGGUGGAGACCAUUAAGGUGGCGCGCUCUGCUG